GCCGGAGGUUUCGCUUCUCCCCGCUUCCCUUUUUUAACCCCUCCCUGCCCCGCAGCCACCUGAUUUUACUUUUUUUCUGGUUUUUACGUUUUCAUUUUUUCACCCCCUGUCCUCCCCCUCGGCCACUUUCUCGCAUGAAUCUCCUAGACCCCUUCAUGAAGAUGACAGAAGAACAGGACAAAUGCAUCUCCGACGCCCCCAGCCCCACCAUGUCGGACGACUCCGCCGGGUCCCCCUGUCCCUCCGGAUCCGGCUCGGAUACGGAGAACACCAGACCCCAAGAAAACACCUUCCCUAAGGGCGAUCCGGACCUGAAGAAGGAGAGCGACGAGGACAAGUUCCCGGUGUGCAUCCGGGAGGCGGUGAGCCAGGUGCUCAAGGGCUACGACUGGACCCUGGUGCCGAUGCCGGUCCGGGUGAACGGAUCCAGCAAGAACAAACCGCACGUCAAGCGGCCCAUGAACGCCUUCAUGGUGUGGGCGCAGGCGGCCCGCAGGAAGCUGGCGGACCAGUACCCGCACCUGCACAACGCCGAGCUCAGCAAGACCCUGGGCAAGCUCUGGAGGCUGCUGAAUGAGAGCGAGAAGCGUCCCUUCGUGGAGGAGGCUGAGCGGCUGCGGGUGCAGCACAAGAAGGACCAUCCCGACUACAAGUACCAGCCGCGGCGGAGGAAGUCGGUGAAGAACGGGCAGUCGGAGCAGGAGGAGGGCACGGAGCAAACCCACAUCUCCCCCAACGCCAUCUUCAAGGCGCUGCAGGCAGACUCCCCACAGUCAUCCUCCAGCAUCAGCGAGGUGCAUUCACCCGGGGAGCACUCGGGACAAUCACAGGGCCCCCCGACGCCCCCCACCACCCCCAAGACGGACACGCAGCCGGGCAAGCAGGACCUGAAGCGCGAGGGCCGCCCCCUGCAAGAAGGCGGCCGGCAGCCGCCCCACAUCGACUUCCGAGACGUGGACAUCGGCGAGCUCAGCAGCGACGUCAUCUCCAACAUCGAGACCUUCGACGUCAACGAGUUCGAUCAAUACCUGCCCCCCAACGGCCACCCGGGGGUCCCGGCCACGCACGGGCAGCCCGGCCAGGUCACCUACACCGGCAGCUACGGCAUCAGCAGCACAUCGGGCUCGCAAGCCGGGGCCGGCCACGUGUGGAUGUCCAAGCAGCAGCCGCAGGCGCCGCCGCAGGCACAGCCGCAAGCGCAGCACACGCUGCCGGCGCUGAGCAGCGAGCAGGGCCCGGCGCAGCAGAGGACACACAUCAAGACGGAGCAGCUCAGCCCCAGCCACUACAGCGAGCAGCAGCAGCACUCCCCGCAGCAGCUCAACUACAGCUCCUUCAACCUCCAGCACUACAGCUCGUCCUACCCCACCAUCACCCGCUCCCAGUACGACUACACCGACCACCAGAACUCCAGCUCUUACUACAGCCACGCCGCCGGCCAGAGCAGCAGCCUCUACUCCACCUUCACCUACAUGAACCCCACGCAGCGCCCUAUGUACACCCCCAUUGCAGACACUUCGGGGGUCCCCUCCAUCCCCCAGACCCACAGCCCGCAGCACUGGGAACAACCCGUCUACACGCAGCUCACCAGACCCUAAAAGCCAUUAGAAAAACCAGACAAAAGAAGAUAUUUCAGAAGAGAAAAAACAACACAAACCAGCACGAAAGCAGCAAGAGAAACAACUUCCACAGACUUUUUCCUUCUUUGAAAUUAAAAGUAAUAACUAAAGACAAUGAGGUUAAAGCUGGCGGGGAGGAGGAAGCGCUUCUGCACUACAGCAUCCCCCCGGGAAGUGGCCAGCCCGCUCCGAGGACCAGCAAAACUCGGUGCAGACUUUCCAAGGACUGGACUUAAACUCUGCUUCCAGGAGAGAGGAGACUUGCAACCAGCUCAGCUGCCUUGUUCUCUGGACUUUUGUAAUGAGGUUUUUUUAGCAGUUAUUAACAAAAAAAAAAAAGGAGAAAAAAAAAAUAGGGGGGAAAUAAAGCAAAAACUCAGAGUCCUCUGUGAGGAAUAAUCUCUAUUUUAAAUAUUUUUUAGUAUGUACUGUGUAUGAUUCGUUACCAAUUUGAGGGGAUUUAUACCUAUUUUUUAGAGAUGUUUGCAAAGCUCUUAUUUUUCCAACAGCUAAAAGCCGACACUUAGCGGGGCAGCCCUAGGGUUUCUUGCAGCCAGAGGUAUUUUUGUAUAGAUAAGUGUCUUUCUUUCUCUCUCUAAGAAUAAAAGGCAUAAAGCAAACGGCCGCGCUGCGACCUGGGGCCGAAGCUCUGGGAAGCGGCCGGCGUUGGGAGGCAGGAGCUGAGCCUGUGCAGGGAGGAGCAGGGGAGAGGCUUUAUUUUUCUAACUCAUAGUAAAAAACCGGCCGGGAGGAGGUUGGUUUUUAACGUUUAUUUUUCCAUAACCUUGAGCCUUAAGACAGAGAAAACGGAACAGAUGCUGUUCGCAAACCCCGCGGCAAGAGGUGCCGGGGGAAAGCCUUAACCGCAGCCCUGUGCCACUCGCCUGGCCCCAUGCUGGGGCAGGGGCUGAGCUCGACCCCUCUGCUCAGCCCUGACCACCCCAGACCCCCUCUACUUGUGGGACAUCACAGAUACUUUAAGUUAUUUAUUUUGUGAGAAGAGCAGUUUUUAAUCACCUUUUUCCUUUCUUUUUCUUUUUUUAAUCUCCUAUUUUUAAGCCCUUUCAAAAGCGAUUGCAUUGGUGGGAGCAUUAUUUGGAAGGUAACCGUGCCUGUUAAAUUAUGGUCUAAACUGUAACCAGUCCUUUAUUUAUCUCUUUAAUUCUUUUUUAUUAUUAUUAUUAUAAUUCAGUUUUUGUUUCUGGAAUCUGUGUCCUGGGUUUGUACAAACUCGUGCUCUUCCUGGGGUGUUUUUUUUUUUUCUUAAUAAGGAUAAACUGGAAAAAUGAAAAGAAAAGGAACUUGUACAAACUAAAGGUUGCCAAUGUAGCGGAUCACUGAAUCAUUUGCCUUGUUUUCUGCCUCAGUUCUCUGGGACACACGAGCUCGGGCAAGGACGAGACCCGAGGCUUCCACCCCCCUUCAAACUGGUGCGAGGUGGGGACGGGACGCUGGGGAAGCUGUGGCUGAACAGUUAAGGAUUGCUUUUUAAAAAAGACAGCAAACUUCUUUUUUUU